AAAAGUGGUGCGGACGGAGUACUUGUUAACAGACACAAUUUGUUGCGGUAAUGAAACCAAACACUGAAACACACACUACUCCGGAGUCCGGACUCCAAAAUCCAGAGUCACUAACUAGGGUUCUUCCUUAAUUCGUUAAUCUCUCAGUAGCGGUUCCUAAAUCACAGAAAUUUUAAAUUUCAAAUGCAAUUUCACUGAAUAAAUCCCACCUCCAAGUGCUUCACAUAUACAAAAAUAUGCCCCAUUUGAAGAAGAAAUCAAAGAACUCGAAGAAGAAGGAUUUCAAGAAACUAAAGAAGAAGAUCAAAACAUUGAAUGUCGUUCCAAUUGAACCCAGAGCCAUCGAAUCUGAUUGGUGGGACAGUUUCUGCCACAAAAUCUCCUCUUCUCCAGGUUUGACCAUACCUAAUGAUAAAGAGGAGGCAUUCAAGUAUUUCUUUAGGGUAUCAAAAACCACAUUUGAGUAUAUAUGUUCACUUGUAAGAGAUGACCUGAUAUCAAGACCACCUUCAGGAUUAAUCAACAUUGAAGGGAGGCUAUUAAGUGUUGAGAAACAAGUUGCCAUUGCGAUGAGAAGGUUAGCUUCUGGUGAUUCACAGGUUUCAGUAGGUGCCUCAUUUGGGGUUGGUCAAUCCACUGUUUCUCAGGUAACUUGGAGAUUCAUCGAGUCAUUAGAGGUUCGUGCUAAACACCAUAUUAAAUGGCCUGAUCAGGACAAAUUAGAGCAGAUCAAAUCAAAGUUUCAAAGUGUAUUUGGGUUACCCAAUUGUUGUGGAUCAGUAGAUGCAACUCAUAUUCUUAUGACCCUUCCAUCUGUUCAAACUUCAGAUGAUUGGUGUGAUGAAGCCAGAAACUACAGCAUGUUGCUUCAAGGAAUUGUUGAUGAUGAAAUGAGGUUUCUCGAUGUUGUUACUGGUUGGCCUGGUGCAAUGACAGUGUCUAGGUUUUUGAAGUGUUCUGGGUUUUACAAGUUGUGUGAAAAUGGAGAAAGAUUAAGUAAAAAACUGAGAUUAGGUGAAAAUAUAGAGAUUAGAGAGUAUAUAGUUGGUGGAGUUUACUACUCUCUUCUUCCAUGGCUAAUAACCCCUUACGAAGAUCAAGACUUUGCGACAAUUAACUCGAAAUUUAGGGAGGCACAUGAUGCUGCAAGGUUACUGGGAGUUAGGGCAUUAUCACAUUUGAAGGGAAGUUGGAGAAUUCUUAGUAAGGUUAUGUGGAGGCCUGAUAAGAGUAAACUACCCAGUAUUAUCUUGGCUUGUUGUUUACUCCACAAUAUUAUGAUUGAUUCUGGGGAUAAGUUACUCUCUAAUGUUGCUAUUCCUGAACACCAUGACUUUGGUUAUGAAGAGAAAUCAUGCAAGUUUGUGGAUACCUUAGGGAGUACCAUGAGAGAUAAUUUAGUGAAAUGUUUGCAGCCUAGAUAGAGGAAGUACUGAUUGCCGACUACAGAAAGUUGGCAACUAAUGAGGCCCAAGAAUAGAAGCCCAAGAAGAGCGUCCCAACAGCAAUAGCAACACAACAGCCACAACAGGGACGGCAGAGCCGUCAGCAGAGAAUGUAGUAUAAAUAGAAUUAGAGGAAGAGAGAGAAGUUCAGGUACUUGGUAGUGAAUUGUGAGACUUGUGACCUAAAGUCACUAACUUGGAGAGUGAUAGCCUAAAGCUACUGAUUUUGUAUCCUGCUCAGUUACUUCUUCAAUCAAAACUUCCUUCUUUCUCCUAUUUCCUUGUGUGUGUCUGAUAUCUGUGUCUGAGUUUGCAAGUUCUUUACAGGCAUAGUUGUGUAACAUACUAACAUGUCGCAAGUUCUUUACAGGCAUAGUUGUGUAACAUGUGUUAGUUUGAUUUUUUUGCUUUUUUUGAGUAUUGAGAACCUUGGUAAUUACUCAAGUUACGGAAUAUUUCUUAA